CCGGGGGGCGUGUCGCCGCAUGCCGCCAGCUACUCCGCGCCCCCACCGCCGGACAGCUUCAACACGGGGAGGCACGGCUUCUUCGGCUCCUCCUCCUCCUCUGCCGCCGCUGCCUCCCGCGGUCGCGGCGGCGGUCGCGACGGCGGCAAGAAGCCGGUUCCCAUGAAGGUGUGUACCUCUGUGAUCGACGGUCUGAAGCAGCUCUACUUCACCAAGGUGCGGCCGCUGGAGGAGCAGUUCAAGUUCGGGCACUUCUUCAGCCCGCUGCUGAACGAGUCGGACUUCGAGGCCAAGCCCUCGGUGCUGCUGCUGGGGCAGUACUCCACGGGCAAGACCACCUUCAUCAAGUACCUGCUAGGGCGGGACUACCCGGGCACUCACAUCGGACCGGAGCCCACAACCGACCGCUUCGUGGUGGUAUUCCACGGUGCAGAGGAGCGCCGCAUCCCCGGCAACACGCUGGCGGUGCAGCCGGACAAGCCGUACCAGGGGCUGGCCUCCUUCGGCACCGGCUUCCUGUCGCGGUUCGAGGGCAGCCAGUGCCCCGCGCGGCUGCUGGAGGAGAUAUCGCUGGUGGAUACACCGGGUGUGUUGUCGGGUGAGAAGCAGCGUAUCGAGCGCGCCUACAACUUCGUGGAGAUCUGCGAGUGGUUCGCCGCGCGCUGCGACCUGAUCUUCCUGCUCUUCGACCCCUACAAGCUGGACAUCAGUGACGAGUUCAAGAGCGUGAUCAACUGCCUCCGCGGCCACGACGACAAGGUUCGUGUCAUCCUGAACAAGGCGGAUCAGGUGGACCAGCAGCAGCUGAUGCGGGUGUACGGGGCACUCAUGUGGAGCCUGGGCAAGGUGUUCAGGAGCCCGGAGGUCUGCAAGGUGUACGUGGGCUCCUUCAACAGCGAUGCGCCCAUCAACGAGCGAGUCAACCCGUACGGCAAACCCCUGUUCGAGGCGGAGCAGAAGCAGCUGCUUGCCGACCUGUACGAGAUCCCUCAGCGCUCCACGGAUCGCAAGAUCAACGAGUUCGUGAAGCGCGUGCGGGCGGCCAAGAUCCACAUGCUGCUGAUCGGCCACCUGCGCAAGCAGAUGCCCACCAUGUUUGGUCGCGAGAAGGCGCAGCGCAAGCUGCUGGACGACAUCGUGUCUAACUUCGAGGAGGUGCAGCGGGAGAACCACUUGCCGCGGGGGGACUUCCCGGACCCGGGGCGCUUCAGGGACAUACUGGGCGGCUUCGACCUGCUGAGCUUUCCCAAGGUGUCCAAGCAGAUGGUUAAGGCGCUGGAGGACGUGCUGUCAGUGGACAUACCGCAGCUGGUGAAGAUGUUCGACAACCCCUUCCCCACGGGGGCGUGAGGGGCAGGGGGAGGGGAGGGGGGCGGGGGGAGGAGAAAGGGGUGAUAAGGGAAGAGGAGGAGGCGAAAGCGGCAGAAACAGAAAGGAAACAGCAACAUAGGAGGCGAGGAGGAAGGGGCGGCGGAGGGGGUUACCUGCGAUGGGAGGUCUCUCGGGGUAUUGGCGUGGCGAGGUGGAAGAGGAGGGAAGCUGAGGGAACUGAGAGGGGAAGGGGUGGUGGUGUCAGGGAGGUGCGGAUGCACGCAUGUGGUGGCGGUGGUGUGUACCGGGGGGGGGGGAAGGAACUAGCUGACCGCGGUGGGGUUGGUGGUGGUGGUGGUGGGCAGCUGCGGGCCGAGGAGGGGGGUGCGGGAGGCGGCGGCAGCUAGACUGCUGGAGUGGCAGCUGUGUCGCUGAACAGGGGAAAGCCAUUUGGUGUGUUGAGGGAGAGUUAGGCCCCACAUGGGGCCUCCUAGCGCUAGCUGUGGUGGGGACAUCAGGUAUGGUUUUGAUUGACCCCUGGGUCACUGAGGAGUGCUGACGAAGGGGGAUGGAGGGGUGCUGACUGGGCGUGGUUCAACAUCAAGCGGCCAUGAUAAGCCCCUGUGAUAGAGCGUUAACGCUACAGUGGCAGGCGUUGGAUUUCCGCAUGAUGCUAACAUAGCAAGUCAC